AUUUCAAUAUAUAUCCUCUUUCUCCCGGGCACGACUAUCGAAAGACUUUUCUUCACCAUGUUUUCCGGCGCGGACGAGGCCUUCUUCCGUCGGCGUCGGGAUCUAUUUGAGCAAGCUCUAACUCAUCUUUUCUCUACCUUUCUUAGUGUAAUCUUUUUUAAGCUUUUUCCCCAAAUUUUUCCCCUUUUUAUCUCUUUGAAAACCCUAAUAAACUCUGACUCAGAUCCCACCAACGACCGCCGGUUGUCCCUGCCGCUACUCCAUUCACAGGAGAGGUUCUCUUCGCAAAUCUCGGGCUCCAACCUUACUCACCCCUCACUGUGGAAUUUUCAAGUGGAACUAGGAUUUUCCCCAGUGGACCUAGUUCCAAUCGCCGAUCCAAACAAAGGCCACCGGAUGUUCCCGCCGUUAUGUCACGCACCGGAGUUGCUCUGUGUAGCACAGACAUCUCCAUUACUCUCGGGAAGCCGCCACACCUUUGCUUCAGCUUGGCAAACGUUUGUAAAGUUAGGAUUUUCCCCAAUGGACCUAACUAUUAAUGGCGACACUUACCACGACUACCCCUUGGCGCUGCCGAUCUCUCACUCGCCGGAGAAGGUUCACGCAAUGCAGAUCUUCUCGCAAUCCUCUGGCGGCGACCAGCCAAGACACCCUUUGCCUCUGAAUCUAGGGUUUUCCCCAGUGGACCUAGAUUUCAGAUUAGGCCCAUUAAGUCACAAAAACCCUAAGUCCUUUAGUCCAUCCCAAUUAUGCAAUAUUAGCAGGUUCAAGCUCACUUCCUCAUCGUCUAUGACUCGCCUCAACCAAGCUCUGUUCUGUCUCUCAGUAAUCAAUGGUCGAAGACUCCAUUGGCGAAAGGUAACACCAGUUCCGUUUUGGCCACUCAUAUAUCUUGUUCAGAACCUCGCUUUAGUUGUUGUUAGGAGCUUGUGGUUUGAGUAUAAAUCUUUGCGGUUAUAUAGCCUAUGUUCCUCGAUCUGCUCUAGCAUAAGUGAUAUGUUUGGCCUUGAACUCAUGUUCAAUGACGAGUAUCAUUUAAGCUGGUCAUCUGAUGUUUCCAAGCAUCCUUCUAUCACCAAACCCAUCAUCUGGAUCCUGUUUCAAUUGACUUGUUAUGCGUCUUAUCGAAGUGAUCAAAUCCUUAGGCACUGGAUGGUAAAACAACCUUGCCUCGACUUCAAAACCAUAGUCGUCCGGAUCUUUGCUGGUUUGUUACGAUCGGUAGUGUUUCUCGCCCCGAUGGAUUUCAAAGCAUCGAUUCUUUUCUCAACGUCUCAGCGUCUUAGUAUUAUGACCGAGACAAAACAACUGUCCUCUGAGUUUCUCGAGGAUGGGCUUUCGACCUACCAGGAUCUCACAUGUACCAAGAGGCUCUCAUGCUCAUGGUUCACAGCUCUCUUGGAUUUAUAGUCGAUGAAUUAUCUUUCUAACCUUGUGGCAUUGGGGAAUGCCUUCCUUUGUAUUACUUUAAACUCUGAAACUUUUGCUUCUUGUACUUGUAUCUAUUACUAUCCUGAAUGAAUGAAAGCAACUGAUUUGA